CGAUUGCUUUUCUUCUCUACAGCCACACAAAGAAGUCAUCAGGGUGUGGAACAGAUGGACGUGCUCGUGGAGCUCUGACGGUAGACAGACAAGAACUUCGGAUGGCCGUGGUUGCUUUGGUGAUGGGUCUUCACUUCUCGCUCUUCAUAGCAGCUAAAGCAGUAAACGCAGGUUGCCAAUGUGUAGUUUUCGACGAUACUUAUGGCAAAGAAUAUGGGGUUUUCACUUCCCCAAAUUGGCCCACCCCAUACGAAGACCAUAUCGACUGUCUCCUCUAUACUUUCAUAGGGCAAGACGAAGAUAUCGUUGAAGUAACAUUCGAUGAAUUUGACGUCCAGAAGAAGCAAAAUUUAGAAUGUAUCUACGGAGAUUACGUCAAACUAUUCCUUCAUUUAGAAGAAACAGCAGUGAAUGAACACAGUUCGUGGAAUAUUGUCCUCUGUGGGAAGAUAGCAGACAUUGAACAGACUCAUUAUUCCUCAGGGAACAGCCUUAUCUUUGAGUUUCAUUCAGACUGGCAACAAGGAAACAACACCGGAUUUCGUGGAACUUAUCGGUUUCUAAGUAAAAAACUUUUUCAAGUGGAUGGAGAUCACGUCCAAUCGACACUGUGUGACUAUCAUUUCAACAGCAGUAAUGGUUCCCUAACACGUGGUCGAUUUUACUCACCUCAAUAUCCAAGUACUUAUCCACAGAAUAUCAAGUGUGCCUAUAGGUUUGGAGGUAGAACUAAUGAGCGAGUUAAAGUAGUUUUCGAGCAUGUGCUUCUACAAAGAGGCGAUUUAAGUUGUACAUGACGGUAAUGACACGAGCAGUCCAGUGAUUGGUCAGUUAUGUAACACAAAUACAUUUGUGGAAAUGGUAUCAACCGGUCCUGAUCUUUACAUCGAAUUUAUUAGCAGGAGUCAUUUUCCUGGACAAGGAUU